AUGGAAGCAGCGGAGAAAACUCUCACUUACCGAGAUGGCCCCGGACCUGACAAGCUUCUUAAGGGGGGCACCGGGGGACAUGUCCAGACAAGGAGCGAGUCCAACUACGUGGAUCUGGACAUGAGACCGGAUGGAAACAAGACCGUGAAAGUGACGUUCACCGGCGAAGGGAGCCAGCUGUCUGUCAAGAGCGACGGCUCCAAGCAGGGAGAGCCCAGACCUGCCCCGGAGGAGCUGCCCUCGGGGGACUCUUUGGACAUGGCCGGUGGCGUCGCUGACCCGACUCCAGCCGAGGAGCAGGACUCCGGGGACGGGGUUCGGAGCGAGUUAAGCGAAGAGGACGAGCUCCAGUACACGGACAUGUACCUAAACAGCCGAACCGAGUCCGACGACGGCACCAGCGAGGCGGCGCUCUCCGACCACAGCGGCACGGACACGCUGAAGGACGAGUCUCACUACAUCACCACGCACGAGAUUCAGCUGACGGAACUCGACCACGAAGUGGACUACGACCUGGGCCGGGGCGCCAGCUGGGAUUUCGAGGACGACAACUUGGUCUACACCUUUGUGGAUUACGCCUCGUUUGAAAGCGACGACACCCGGACCGGGACUUUGAUCCUGGAGGGAAAAGUGGGCUCCAAACUUGGCGUGAGUACCGAGCAGGACGACAGCGAUCUGUGCGACUCGGAUAAAUGUGCCAGCUCGGACGAAAGCUUGUGUAAGGACCACAUGAUCGGGGAUGCCGGUUUGGGGGAAAUCCACCUAUCCGUUAAACCGUCCGAAGAGGAGCCUGCGGGUGUUGUGGACCAGGGCGCCAAACACUUCUCUUUUGUAAGACCCGGACCCUUAGGAGAUAACAAAGCAACAUUUUUCAUCCCAGCUCCGGGCCGCCAACAUCUUGCAACCAAACUACGACGGAAAGACAUUAACGAGUAUUCCAGCGGCGCCUCCAGCUCCAUCAGCGAGCUCGAUGACGCCGAUAAAGAAGUGCGUAAUUUAACCGCCAGGUCUUUCCGGAGCUUGGCGUGCCCCUACUUUGAUACCAUUAACUUGAGCACCUCCAGCGAGUCGUCGUCCAUGUCGGAGUACAGUCUAAACAAGUGGUCCGCCUACGUGGAUUGGAAUUACGGACACAUGCCCAGAGGGGCAGAGCGCAGCGUCAUUGCGCACAAGACCUCCAGCGCCACACUGGAAAUGAACCGGACAUUGGAGAAAGCGGCACAAGCCGCUAAGAGGCUAUCUGUGGGUCAAAAGGCGGAGCUGAAAGAUCCGGCAGGUGUCACGUUGAAUGUGCAGUGUAACGUAGAAGCAGCGGGUACAAGGCGACCUAAGAGCACCAGGAACAGGUCCGGCGAGGCCCACGGCGCGGUGUUGGCGAGGUCAGGAUGCCAGAUGCAGUACCAACAGACGGACAGCACGGGGAACACGCAGAAGAGGGCCAUUUUUGCCUCCAGUCUACUCCAAAACGUCAUUUCCAAAAAGAUGCAGUUUGAGCACGAGCGCAAGAUGGAGAGAGGAGAGCUCUUCAACGCGUCCGUCUCCCCUUGCUCUCUGGAGGGGGGCAACGACAGGAGUGCGGCCUUGAGGGGCUUUCAAAGGCAGAGCUCAGAAUCCAGCACGGGUUUCACUAAUUCCGGAGACGAGCCGCCUUCAGAGGGAGGCAGCAGGCCGGCUUCCUGUGAGCCCGUAGAGGAGCAGAAAAGCAGCAAUGCCGCGGAGGAACCCUGCCAGAGGCCCAAAGUGGUCCUCAGCCACAGUCAGACCAGCGCCUUUAAUUCAUGGAAGGACAAAGGGGCCGCCAAGGAGGAAUCGGACCGGAGCAACAUGUUGACCAAACUCCUGUUUGUGCCAAGCUGGCAGCGUAUCUCCAAGGAAACGGACGUCGGAGACGCGGCGUGUCAAAAAAGCGGGACGGCGCUCCAAACGGGAAACACGGAGAGCGAAAGCGACAAGGGCACAAAAACACCCGAGAUCAAAAUAUGCCUAAGAAGCGUGAAGGAAAAUAAUGGCGGCUCGUUGAACAUCGCCAGCCUGCUAACCCCCAAAAUAAGCUCCAACGCAGGAAACACUUUCAGGGCAGCGAGCGGCGCCAAAUAUCACAUCUUGUCCGCGUCUGAUAAGAUCCCAAAUUUUACUGUCCGGGACAUAAGAGACACCAAGGGCAAGUUCCAAACGCCCAUUUAUCGAGUGCGGGACGUGCGCAAACUGGUGAAAAGCUCGUAUCGCUUAGUUUCUCUGGAUAACGGCGACGGUAAAGGCGGCACGGGAGAAGCGGCUGACAAAGUGGAAGACAAAGCCGAAGACAAGACAAAGACGCAGCCGGUUAAACAAGUGUCGCCUUCUCCCAUUGUCAUUAAAUGCCACUCGGUAAAAACCCACGUCAAGUCGCCCGGCAGAGCGCCACCUGUUGGCACUAAGCAGCCCAAUCCUGACCAAGCGGAAGCCGACAAAGUGUUGAAGCAAAGGCAGGAGAAGUUUGCGGGCGAGGCGGCCGACUGGCGGGCGGAGCCAAGAGUUCCCAAACAGGCGGCGCUGGAGAAGCUGAAAGCCGCCGUGAAGACGAUGGAGCAGCUUUACGUUUUUGACCGCAACGAAUGGAAACGCAAAGCUCAACCGCCGCAGCCGAUCACAGACAGCCAUGUGCUGUCGCUCAUCGCCAGCGAGGAGCAAGGCGCCGAAGAGGAGGAAGAAAACUUCGACAAGCCGCCGCCGCGCAAAACAUUCAGCAACAAAAGCGUCCUCCAUCUUGGCAACAGCAACAAGGUCAUCAUCGGCUCGGCGGAAAGCUCCGAGGCGCCGCUCUCGGUGAAAAUAGAACCUCCAAAACAAGGGCAGGUGGAGCAGAGGCAGCUCCAAAUGAGUCCCGCUAAUCCCAACGUCACGCCAAGCGACUCGGGGAACUAUUUAACCAUACCCGGCCUGGGCUACGCCGACAAUAUCAAAGUGACCGACAGGACGGAGUCAAAGGUGUGCCAACAAGCUGACGCCAAGAGAGUAUUCAUGGCCGAGUACCCGGCUUCUUCUAUCUAUCAUCAGCACGGUCCGCAGACGCAGCAGGUGUUGUGUUUCUCCCCGCCCAUCACCACGCUCUCACCCUCUACAGCAGAAGCAGGUCUACAAACGCAGCGGAAAAUGCUUCUGGACCCCACCACCGGACAUUACUACCUGGUGGACACACCCGUACAAGCCCCCACCAAGCGGCUCUUCGACCCAGAGACGGGGCAAUACGUAGACGUGCCCCAUUCCCCGGUGGCGCCCAUGGCCCCCGUCGCCCCCGUGCCGCCCCUCGCCCUCAGCCCGGGAGCCUUCGCACCCACCUAUAUGAUUUACCCGGGGUUCAUCCCCUCGCCCACGCUGCUGCCGCAGUCGCCCGUCCCCUUGGAGCCCAGCGAAAAGGCGCUGAAAAACACCAGAAGCGCCAAGCAGGAAGUGAAGGAGAGCCCCUAUUACAGCGCCACAGCCGAGGCCCCGCCCACGCCCUCCUCGGCCAGAGGGGGCGUGGCCAGCGUGGACAGAAAGCCGAUUAUCAGCAUCACGACGCAGCAAGGUCCAAGAAUCAUCGCGCCGCCUUCCUUUGACGGGACAACAAUGAGCUUUGUGGUGGAGCAUCGGUGA